AUGAAAUUCACUGACUCUCUAGUGACGAUGGUUGGCGAUUUUGCAGCAAUGAAACGUACUCCUGACUAUAGACCGUCCAGUUUUUGUGCGGAGUCAGCUUCCACAAAACCAGAAAAGAAGGAGCCCAAUGAGGAAGAAAUACCAACACUUGGACGACAGCGAUCCGAAUCCAUGGGCGUUCGUUCCACGGCCGCCGAUGCCAAAAUAUAUAACAAACUCAACAGAAGGGGCUCGGCUCCCUCCACGGUACCGACAACCCCUGCAUCUUCGCUUCGAAAAAAGCUACAAAAAUUACGAGAGAAGAGUACUGAUUCUGACGAUGAUACGAUCAAAGAGGUGGACGAAGACGACGUUUGUUCGAAACUUGCAAAAAGGCGAAUAUCCAGUGGUAGCGUCGUCUACAGAAUCUAA